AGGGUAUUGAUGAAUGCGGUAGCGAAACGUCUGUUUUCGUUGUCAGCAGCUCGUUCACAAUUACCUAAACCGCUCUUAAAAACUUACGAUCCUGUGCAAGUGGGAUACUUAUCUGAGGAAUGUAUCGCUGUUGACGAAGACGAUAAUAUUGUGGGAGGGGUUACCAAAGGUGAUGCGCAUCGGGUUGAGACAUUGUCGUUACAUCGUGCGUUUAGCCUGUUCGCCUUCACCCCCGAUAAAAAGUUGAUACUGCAAAAGAGGAGUGCUGAAAAGAUAACAUUUCCCCUAUUAUGGGCCAAUACUUGCUGCAGCCAUCCGUUAUUCACACCCACAGAGAUUGAUGGUUCUCAUGGCGUUGUUGCGGCAGCGGUGAGGAAAAUCGAGCAUGAGCUGGGUGUAAAUGAUCUCAGACCUGAGGAUUGUCGAGUGAUGGGACGAUUUCUAUACAAGGCAGUGAUGGAAGACGCGCUUUGGGGCGAACAUGAACUCGACUAUGCCAUUGUGACACGAAACAUGGCAUUGGAUCGAAUUGCGCCGAACCCAUCUGAAGUUUCUGACGUAAGAGCCGUAGAUGAGCGAGAGCUUGCGGAUUGGGUAGCGUCGGAACCAACUUCGUUCUCGCCAUGGUUUCUUCUCUUCCAUCGUUUACGAUUCUUGUCCGAAUGGUGGUCAAACCUGGAUGAAAUCAAGAAGCAUCCUGUUGACAUGAAUAUUACAUGCACUCCAUAUACUCGAGAGCGAAUUCAUUAUUCGCUUUCAUGUUAUGGGUGCUUGCAGCGUGUAGAGAUUACUGUUAACAACCCUAGAGUGAGAUCAAUAGCUGACUACUCAUCUUCAUCUGAGAAAGCUGACUUGGGCAUGCUGGAUUUUUCCAUAUCUGGUGAUUUCUCCAAAACAUUCAAUUGGAAUGUGAAGCAGUUGUUUGUGUAUUUGGUUGCUGAGUAUGAGUCACCAGAAAAUGCCUUGAAUCAAGUAGUUCUUUGGGAUAAAAUCGUGCUGCGUAGCGAACGUGUUGUCCUUGAUGAGCGACGGCUUCAAAGCAAGUACUACUUCCUUGAUGAUGGUGCACAUCUUCUGAAUCAUCCAAAUGUCACUCUAGUCUUGAGAUACAAUGUGGUGCCAAAUGCUGGUUAUCUGAGGUUGGGACAGGCAGAGGGACAAGCUAUCGUGAAGUUCCCGGCCACUUAUACGACUAAAAAGCAUUAAGUUAUUUGAGUUCUUGUUUUUCUGAACUUACGACUGAUGGUGUUAUUGUUUGUUUCCGGUUUUGUGAUUGUAUGUUAUUGCCUUAGUUCCUUUCUUAGAUUUCCUUUUUUUUGUUAUUUGCGCAUGGGUAUCUCUAAAUUAUUGUUGAUAAAGGGAAUAAAUUUUUUGUCGG